GUGGCUUCCCAUUGGCCAGUCAGUGUCCGGGCCGAUCCUGCCCUCCGCAAUUGAGCGCUUCAGGUCUACGCCGACCUCUUCUCCUUCGUGUCAACCCGCACGCCAGCCCGUGCACUCGGCAAUCGUGCUGCGAUCUGAUUUCAGGGCUCGAGGUCUGGUUCGGAUCCCUCGGGCCUCGAGGCUGCCAGUGUGACCUUGAGCAAGUCUCGCCUGCUGGGCUUCAGGUUCCCUUGUGUGAACUAGGGUGGGAUGAACAGUGUGGUCCUUACCCUGAGCUUUUGUAAGUUUCUGGACAGAGCCACACUCCCUGCUCCCUACAAGUCUUGGUCAUGAACGCCCCUGGAGGAAGGAGGCAGGAAGGUAGAAGGACUCAUACAUCCCGGGAACAGGACCGAGGUGUGCAGUUGUCUAAGGCUCUGUCUUAUGCCCUUCGCCACGGGGCCUUAAAGCUGGGACUUCCCAUGCGAGCUGAUGGCUUCGUGCCCCUGCAAGCCCUCCUGGAGCUGCCCCAGUUCCACAGCUUCUCAAUUGAGGAUGUGCAGCUUGUGGUGGAAACCAAUGAAAAGCAGCGGUUUACCCUGCAACCAGGCGAGCCGAGCACUGGGCCCCUCAUCAGAGCCAAUCAAGGCCACUCCUUACAAGUCCCUGAGUUGGAACUGAUGCCCCUGGAGACACCACAAGCCCUGCCCCUGACGCUAGUCCAUGGUACAUUCUGGAAGCAUUGGCCAUCUAUUCUACUGAAGGGCUUGUCACGCCAAGGAAGGACGCACAUCCACUUGGCCUCAGGAUUGCCUGGGGACCCUGGUGUCAUCAGUGGCAUUCGUCCAAAUUGUGAAGUGGCAGUGUUCAUCGAUGGACCCCUAGCCCUCACAGAUGGAAUCUCUUUCUUCCGCUCUGCCAACGGGGUGAUCCUGACUCCAGGGAAUGCUGAAGGCUUCCUGCUUCCCAAGUACUUCAAGGAGGCCCUGCAGCUCCGACCUAUCCGAAAGCCUCUCUCCCUGGCUGGUGAUAAAGAGACAGGGUCUCAGAGUGGCCCCAAGCACAGUUCCAGACGAGGAAGAAGAAAGACCCAACAAUAAAAUAUUUAUUUAUUAAAAAAACUGAAACAAACACAGAAAGAAAGUCCAGCUUCAAACCAG